GAAGAAGGAAGUUUAAACAACCCUUCUACUGAUAAGACGAUUUCGGCAGGCAACCAAGUCAUACUUCCUUGCAGGGAAUAACAUUCUAGCAUCAUAUAAAUUUUCGACAUCGCAUAUGACCAAGUCCGCUGGAGUGGGAAACAGUCUAGACGAAAUUCGUUGUAUCAUCAAACCAGCAAACAUCCCAAUCACAGGAAAUUGUAUACAAACAGACCUAAUGUGUUCGGCAAAUUAUAAUUUGCAAGGUAUCACCCUUGCGGUGUUUCGUUCUACCCACCUAACAACACGUUGCUAUAAAAGCUUGGCUGAUGCAAAAUGUUAUCACAGAGAAGCUCUCAGGAUCAAGUGAAGACGAUUCAGGUUAAAAGCAAGGUAUACAAAGUGACAAACUCGUAACAUAAAUCUAUUAAAUGCUUCCUGAAUUGUUCAUCUUCAAGAUUAUUUCUUUUUAGAUAACUUAUUCUUCAUUGAUUUACCAUUCAUUUUAUUUUUCACGCAACAAUGCAUAAACCCUGCGUUUACAUCUCUACUGUCUUGCUGUGUUUGGCAUCAGGGACUUUGGCCCAACUUAAUUGCACGAACAUACCGUCUGUUCCUAAUACACCAGCUGAUCCACCAAUAACGAGUCUGAUAGCAUCUGCGAACGAAAAUAUAGUGGUUUGCAAUCAAAUAAUUCCAUUUUUCAAUGCUUUUAUCGCAAGUGCAAAAUUGCCUGGUGUCAAUAAUCAGAUAAAAGAAAUCGACGGGGUUUUGAGUCAACUUCAAACACGCAUAGAAAUCGUCAAUCGAAGACUAAAUUGUGGGCUUGUUGCUAGUGUGCAGGAAGCACAAAAUCUGCAACAAACUUUGCAAAAUGAUCUAGUUUCAAUAAGAGUACUGGCUGGAAUACGAUCGAGACUUGUAAUAAUAAGAGAUCAAUUGGUGCACAUUAUUCAUUAAUUUCAACGUUACAUCUUUACUCCUAUUAUUAACAAAUUUUUGUACCUUCCUGUUGUUGAAACUAGCCGUUUUAACUUUUAAAGCAUAUUUGUUAUAAUUUAAUAACUCUGAACAAUAUUAACAUCAAGGGAAAUGGAGUACAAAUAUGAUGCAGGAUGAUUUUUGUAAUUUUUUGUUGUUGUCGAAUAUUAAAUUUAAGCGUAUUAAAAUUUGUAUUUUUUUGGUAUUUGUUUUUAAAUAUUCAUCCAAGGGAUGUGGUGUAAAUCUGUGCUUAAGAUUGGUCAUUUUAGCCUUCUAGUAGCAAGAUAAAAUAUUACGCUUUGUCUUAGAUGCGAUACCCACUCUUGUUGUUUUUUAACGAAACAUAACUCCGAUUAUUCGAUUAUGCAUCAUUCGGUGAUAUCUCUAUUUUGGUAUGUGUUAGGUAUGGUAUGUGUUAAAGAGGACAUAUGUUUCGCCCUCAUGGUAUAUCGCAAUGAAGUAGUAUCCUGGCUCUACAACAUGUGCUAGACAGAUAGGAUUGGAUCGAUAGCACAAUCGGUAGAGCAUUCGUUCGGCAAACGAGAGGUCCUGGUUUCGAGUCCCACUAAAUCCAUCAUCUUUGCAGUACUUAGGAAGAUAAUGCGCAGUAUUACUUAUACUAAUAUUAUGAAUGUAAUUAACCUAUUAGGAAGAAUAUACCAUGUCAAACCUUUAGAAACUGGAUUUGGUGGUUUAUGUUAAAAUU